AUGUCUUCGAUAAACUCUAAUACUCAAAAAAAAAACAAUAACAAUUUUAUUGAUGCUUCUCAGAAAGAGUCAUUUGAUGCUAAUAAACUUAUCGUAAAUAUUGGUGCUACUUCUUUUCUAACAGGCUUUCUUGGUGCAUUAUGGGCAAUUAAACGUGCAGAAUCAAAAGGAACAUAUAAAGACCUUACACCUAAAAAAAUGGCAGAAUUGGACGAGUUUGCAAGAUAUAGAAUAGCAACUUUAUUUACUCUGAAAACUUUUGCUUUAGGAACAAUUCUUUGUUUAUCAACGGCUGGUUUAUUAACAAUUGGAAUUGGAUCUUGGUUAAAACAACAACGGUUGGAAGAGGAUAAAGAUUGGGAGAUGCUAAGUCCACAAACUAUAUGGAGCAAUGAUUGCGUCCAUGGUUCAAGUUCAUUCAGACAUGUAUUUGCUGUUGAUAUAUCAAUGCAAUGUGUACUUAUAUCAAAAUUAGUUUUGAUUUCUGUUAAUUUUGAUGAAAUUAUUGAAAUUAUUGUUAAAUCUUUCAUGAUGAUGAAAUUGGUUAUAUGA